GCGAGGCAGAACGCGAUGCCGUGGUCACCGGAGACUCCAUCGUCCGUCACGUCCACGCUACCACAACCAAAGGUAAGGUGCGCAGUCACUGUUUUCCUGGUGCUCGUGUUCUCGAUGUCGCUACACAGGUUCCCGCGAUCCUGAAUGGCGCUGAGAGCAUCGGAGCUGUUGUUCUGCACGUGGGGGUGAACGACACCAGGCUGCGGCAGACGGAGGUGCUGAAGCAGGACUUCAGGAGCCUGAUCGAGACGGUACGAGCCACAUCGCCCGCGACGAGGAUCAUCGUGUCCGGACCGCUUCCGACGUACCGACGUGGACAUGAAAGGUUCAGUAGAUUAUUUGCUUUAAAUGAAUGGUUAAUGUCUUGGUAUACUGAACAGAAGCUGCUCUUUAUAAAUAAUUGGAAUCUUUUCUGGGAGCGACCUAGGCUCUUCCGUGCUGAUGGCCUGCAGCCCAGCAGAAUCGGUGCUGAUCUUCUGUCGGAGAACAUCUCCAAGACGCUUUGCACCGUAUGACUAGUAAGUCAAACCUCAAAUCACAGUCUGUAUUCUGCCCACUUAAUUGAUAGAAAUGUGAGUGUAGUACAGUCUAUAGAAACUGUGUCUAUUCCCCGAAUAGUGAGGUUCAACAAUAAAAAUAAAGGAUCUAGAAAAAAUCUGAUCGUGAUCAAACCAGAAAUUCGCAAAAUUACUGAACAAAAACAAUUUCUAAAGCUAGAGCUACUAAACAUUAGAUCGCUGACACCUAAGGCGGUUAUUAUAAAUGAAAUGAUCACAGAUAAUAGUCUUGAUGUAAUUUGCCUUACUGAAACAUGGCUUAAACCAAAUGAUUAUUUCGAUCUUAAUGAGUCUUGUCCACCUGGCUACUGUUAUAAAAAUAAAUGCCGUCCGGUUGGCCGUGGCGGUGGUGUUGCAACAAUCUAUAGAGAGAUUCUUAACGUUACCCAGAAAACAAACUACAGGUUUAAUUCAUUUGAAAUUCUCGUGCUAACCGUUACACUCUCAGAUAUAAAUAAAAAGUCGCUACUAUCUCUUGCUUUGGCUACUGUUUAUAGACCUCCAGGGCCUUAUGUUGAUUUCCUAAAAGAGUUUGCAGACUUUCUCUCAGACCUAUUGGUCAACGUUGAUAAAGCGCUGAUUGUUGGAGAUUUUAACAUUCAUGUAGAUAAUACAAAUGAUGCGUUAGGGGCUGCGUUUACAGAUUUACUAAACUCGUUUGGGGUCAAACAAAACGUCACUGGACCCACUCACCGUCUUAAACAUACACUAGAUUUAAUUAUAUCACAUGGAAUCAAUCCUACUGAUGUAGAAAUUCUACCGCAAAGUGAUAAUAUCACUGAUCAUUACCUUGUAACAUGCGUACUGCAUACUGCUGAUAUUUGUCAAAUUGCGCCACGAUAUCGACUAGGUAGAACAAUUCUUCCGACAACUAAAGAUAAAUUCGCAAAUAAACUGCCUGAUCUGUCUCACCUGCUCAUUGUACCCAAACACACAAAUGAUCUUGAGAAAAUUACUAGCAGUAUGUGCACCACUUUCACUAGUACAUUAGAUACUGUUGCACCGAUGAGAUUAAAAAAGGUUAGAGAGAAAAAUACUGUACCAUGGUACAACAUUACUCACGCUAUCAAAAGAGAAACUCGUAAUCUAGAACGCAAAUGGAGACAAACUCGUUUAGAGGUCUUCAGAAUCGCGUGGAAAGACAGCUCGUCCCGUUAUAGAAAGACUCUAAAAGCAGCCAGGGCCGAGCAUCUCCGCAAACUCAUAGAAAAUAACCAAAACAAUCCAAGGUUCUUGUUUAGUACAGUGGCUAGAUUAACAAAUAAACAGACAUCACCAGAACAAAACAUUUCAUUACAGUUUAGUAGCGAUGACUUUAUGAAUUUCUUUACUGAAAAAAUCUAAAGCAUCAGAAAUACAGUUGUAAAUGUACAACCCUUGACAGAGUUUUAUGAUUCAGCCUCAAUUAUCGUCCCUCAAGAACAGUUGCAGUGCUUUACAACUAUAGGACAGGAAGAGCUAAAUAAACUUAUCACAGCGUCUAAACCAACAACAUGUUUAUUAGAUCCAAUACCCACUAAACUACUGAAAGAAUUGUUACCUGUAGCAGAAGAGCCUCUUCUCAAUAUUAUUAACUCGUCUUUAUCUCUAGGUCACGUUCCAAGACCGUUCAAGUUAGCAGUUAUUAAGCCUCUCAUUAAGAAACCACAAUUAGAUCCAAAUGUAUUGGCAAAUUACAGACCCAUUUCAAAUCUUCCAUUUAUAUCGAAAAUAUUAGAAAAAGUGGUGUCGGUCCAAUUGUGCUCCUUCCUGCAAAAAAAUGCUAUCUAUGAAAAAUUUCAGUCAGGAUUCAGGCCUCAUCAUAGCACAGAAACUGCGCUCGUUAAAAUUACAAAUGACUUACUUCUAGCUUCUGACCAAGGCUGUAGCUCAAUACUAGUGUUACUUGAUCUCAGUGUUGCGUUCGACACUAUAGAUCAUAAAAUACUCCUAGAUCGACUACAGAAUUACACUGGUAUCCAGGGACAGGCAUUACGGUGGUUUAGGUCGUAUCUAUCAGACCGUCACAAUUUUGUUUAUUUAAACGGGGAAGAAUCUAAGAUAACGAUAGUAAAUUAUGGAGUGCCUCAAGGAUCUGUGUUAGGCCCUCUGCUAUUUUCAAUAUACAUGCUGCCACUUGGUAAUAUUAUAAGAAGACAUGGAAUUAGUUUCCACUGCUAUGCCGAUGAUACUCAAUUAUAUAUUUCAACACAACCAGAUGAAAACUCUAAAUUAUCCAAUCUGACAGAGUGUGUUAAAGAAGUAAAACAUUGGAUGACUAGUAAUUUUCUUCUAUUAAAUUCAGAUAAGACUGAAGUAUUACUUAUUGGGCCAAAAACCUGUACACAGAAUCUCUCAGACUACAAUUUGCAUUUAGAAGGAUGUACUGUUACUCCAUCCUCGACAGUUAAAGACCUGGGUGUUAUAUUAGACAGCAACUUGUCCUUUGAAAAUCAUAUUUCAUAUGUUACAAAAACAGCCUUCUUCCACCUCAGAAACAUUGCUAAGAUACGGAAUAUGUUAUCUGUUUCUGAUGCAGAAAAGUUAGUUCAUGCUUUCAUGACGUCUAGACUAGAUUACUGUAAUGCAUUACUAGCUGGUUGUCCUGCUUCCUCAAUAAACAAGCUACAAUUGGUACAAAAUGCAGCUGCUAGAGUUCUUACCAGGUCAAGAGAAUAUGAUCAUAUAACACCAAUUUUAUCAUCUCUUCACUGGUUACCUAUUAAGUUCCGUAUCGAUUAUAAAGUACUGCUAAUGACCUAUAAGGCUCUAAAUGGUUUAGCUUCUGUGUAUUUAACUGAUCUUCUAUCGCCCUACAAUCCUUCACGCUCUUU